UUAACGAUAAUACUUACAUAAUAGUUCCACACAAUCAUUUGUUAACAAAAGAUAACUUUAAUAUAAAACAUGAUGUACGGACCGAAAUCAACAUAUUAUCACCACAAUGACACUAUUCUACUUAACAUUAGCCCUAAUAACACAGAUCAUAGCGGCUCAGCCAGAUGAUCUAAAUGUUGUUAAAAAAAAUGAUACAAUUCUAGAAACACUAAAAUGUGAUGAUGUUGUUAAAGACUACCAAAAAGCACCUCUCGAUUGGAUGGAUGUUGUAAUAGGACCUUCAACGCCUGUAUAUCCAUCUCCAUCUGCAACUCUGAUGGCCCAAGCUGUUCAAUCAGACAAACCUCCCGAGGAGCAAUUAGAAGAAAUAAAAGAAAUGGCAAACCAAAUAACAAUGGCGAUACAAACUGAAAUGGUCAAUCUUUUGUCAUAUGCUGUUUCAGCAACUGAUGGACCUGAGGGUAAUAAAUUAAGAAAAAAGCGAUCGGCCGAAACUCCAAUGGACUCAACACAAUUAGUAAUGCGUCUGUUAAAACAUAUUAAGUCUAAUAAUGACUAUCAAAAUAUUGCAAUCGAGAAAAUGAUGAGCGCUCAAGAAAUUGCAGAUAAAUACAACAUUCCUUUCAAAGCUGAUCCAGAAAUUCUAUCGGAUCUAGCUCUAGCUGGUACCGACCAGGCUAAAGAAUUAACUUCUAUAUUGCAAGAUGUUUGUGAUAUAAAUAAUACAACGAGAAGUAACCAGACAAUGGCGAGAGAAACCACGCCAAAUAAAAUGAGAUCCAUUCCUGCUAAACCUAAGCAAGAUGACUACUUUUCUCGAUACAACUACUAUUCCGAACCAGCACAUUACUGCUCUGUGACACCAAAACCCACAUUUUAUGACACAGUUUCCUACACACCAGUGCAAGAAUUGUAUCCAUACUGUGGUAUUGAGCCCAUGUCAUCCGUUCUUGUAGAACCUAUAGAAUCAGAGCCAGAAUUUGUUGGUGAAGAGAUAGAGGAGACUGUGUCCUCUAAAAUUUGCAUGAAAGAAGAUGACGAGCCUGGUACCAUGAGCGUGAAUCAUGUCACUACGUAUUCCGUAGCUGAAACAUCGCAUUUCAAAAAGCCAAAUAUUGAAACAAUCCCGCAACAAAUGCAAUAUUACUUUUUGCUCAUGUAAUUAUUAGGAAUAGUAUGUUACUUGUUCAGCUUAGAUUUUUUAGUACCUAAGUCAUUUAUAUAUUUUAGACCUUCCCAGAAAUCACGUCGGUUAAGAAUGGUCUUGACUCUGAAUCUUUUACUUGAAAUACAAGGCGUGCAAGUAAAACAACAAAUAUACUUUAUGUACAUUUAUAUAAAUAAAUAUAAUACGUGCUUAAAUUAA